UACUGGGUCAACUUCCACCCGCCAUCUCGGCCUGUCUCUAUAAAACUGCGGCGUCCAACUCAACAUUUCCACACACAACCACCGAGCCCCUCCUUUUGCACCGAAGACACAAGGAAUACCACCCACCACCAUGAACGUUCUCGUCGUCAUCACUACGCUUUUCGCGUGUGCCUACGCUGGCGGAUACGGUGGCUUCGGCGGAGGCUAUGGAGGUGGCUACGGUGGCGGCUACGGUGGUCACGGUUUCGGAGGUGGCCUCGGCUUCGUUGGCGGCGGUUACGGCGGUGGAUACGGAGGUGGCUAUGGCCACGGCCAUCACGCUGUCGCCGUUCCCGUCAAGACGGUCUCUUACGUCAAGAAACCUGUUGUCAGCGUCGGCUACGUGACCAAACCCGUGGUGACCUACGUGAAACAGCCUGUAGCCACUGUGUCACACACAGUCCAACCCGUGGUGUCCGUGAGCCACGCCGUUGUCAGCACUGGAGGCUACGGCGGCGGCUACGGAGGCUUCGGCGGAGGUCUUGGCGGCUACGGAGGCUAUGGCGGUGGCUAUGGAGGAUACGGCGGUGGCUAUGGAGGCGGAUAUGGAGGCGGAUAUGGAGGCGGAUUCGGUUAUCUGGGAGGCAAAGGCUACCAUGGUUGAAACAACUUAGCCAACAUUUUCUAAAGGUACAAAGCCGGAGGGUUCAACUCAGCGUCGACGAAGCAAACCACCUGCGGCCAAU